AUGUGUGCAAGGACACACUCAGGGGAGAAGCCGUACAUGUGCAAGGAGUGUGGCCGCGGCUAUAACCAAGAAUCAAGCCUCCUCAUCCACCAGAGGACACACUCAGGGGAGAAGCCCUAUGUGUGCAGUGAGUGUGGACGUGGCUUUAACUGGAAAUCACGCCUCGUCCUCCACCAGAGGACACACUCUGGAGAGAAGCCUUACAUGUGCCUGGAGUGUGGCCGAGCCUUCAAUUGGAAAUCAUGCCUCCUCAUGCAUCAGAGGACACACUCAGGGGAGAAGCCCUAUGUGUGCAGUGAGUGUGGCCGAGGCUUCAAUUGGAAAUCAUGCCUCCUCACACACCAGAGGACACACUCGGGGGAGAAGCCUCAUGUGUGUAAGGAGUGUAGCCGAGGCUUUAAUCGGGAAUCAAGCCUUUUUAGACACCAAAGGACACACUCAGGGGAGAAGCCUUAUGUUUGCCAUGACUGUGGUCGAGGUUUUAACUGGAAAUUACGUCUCAUUAUCCACCAAAGGACACACUCAGGAGAAAAGCCCUAUGUGUGCAAUGAGUGUGGCCGAGGAUUUUACUGGAAAUCACGCCUCCUUGUCCACCAGCGGACACACUCUGGGGAGAAGCCCUGUGUGUGCAGUGAGUGUGGCCGAGGUUUUAACUGGAAAUCAAGCCUUCUUAAGCACCAGAGGAUACACUUACGGGAGAAGCCUUAUGUGUGCAAGGAGUGUGGCCAAGGUUUUAACCGGGAAUCAAGCCUCCUCAUCCACCAGAGGACACACUCAGGGGAGAAGCCCUACGCGUGCAAGGAGUGUGGGCGAGGCUUUAGCCGCAAGUCAAAUCUCAUCACACACCAGAGGACACACUCAGAUGAAAAACCUUACUUGUGCCUGGAGUGUGGACGAGGCUUUAACCAGAAGUCAGGCCUCCUUCUCCACCAAAGGACCCACUCAGGGGAGAAGCCACAUGUGUGCAAGGAUUGUGGGCAAGGCUUUAAUCGGGAAUCAAGCCUACUUCACCACCAGAGGACACACUUAGGGGAGAAGCCACAUGUAGCAAAACUGAUCUGGGACAUGGAGCUGGAAUCUGAGGUUUUGGGACAAGAUGAGUCCAGUACAUUUUGA